GAGCCAUUUCCUUUCUGCUCGCACGGCCGGGGAGGCUCCACCUCUUCCUCGAGAAGCUGGAUUUUGAAUUUCCCAGCGCAGGGGUCUUCCUCCGCCGGAGAAGCAGCGCUUUCGCAAGCCCGAUCUCCGGUGGUAUCCCAGGAUCCCUCUGCCAAUCACCCCUUGCUGUGAGAAAUGGAUAAAAGCUGCAAAGCCAAGAGAACCAUUAACAGGACAACAAUAGAGGUGAAGAAGGAAAUCAUUUCCAAACAUGAGAGUGGUGCCCGCGUACGUGAUCUGGCAAUGCAGUUUGGCAUAGCCAAAUCUACAAUUUGUACCAUCUUAAAAAAUAAAAAAGCCAUUAAAGGAGCCAACGUUGCAAGAGGUGUUAAAACACUUACAAAACAAAGAACGCAGACGAUUGAGGAAGUGGAAAAAUUGCUUUUCAUAUGGAUAACUGAAAAACAGUUGGCCGGCGACAGCAUUUCUGAGAGCGUGAUUUGUGAAAAAGCUUUACAUUUGCACGCCGACCUCGUCAGAAACACCCCCGGAGCAAGUGCUGAGGGCGAGAGUUUCAAGGCAAGCAGAGGGUGGUUUGAUAAUUUUAAGAGGAGAAGUGGCAUACACAUUGUGGCGAGACACGGUGAAGCCGCCAGUGCCAACAAAGAAGACACCGACCAAUUUGUUUUGGAAUUUCAAGAUUAUGUCGAGGCUGAGGGUUUCCUUCCCCAGCAAGUUUUCAACUGUGACGAGACAGGCCUCUUUUGGAAGAAGAUGCCGAAGAGGACCUACAUAACAGAGGAGGAGAAAUCGUUGCCAGGACCCAAGCCCAUGAAAGACAGGCUGACCCUUUUAUUAUGUGCGAACGCAAGCGGAGAUUUUAAGUUGAAGCCUUUGCUGGUCCACCUUUCGGAGAACCCCAGGGUAUUUAAGAAAAACAAUGUCGUAAAAAGCAAAUUGCCUGUGAUGUGGAGGGCAAACAGCAGAGCUUGGCUAACCAGGCGGUUUUUUGUUGAGUGGGUUCACGAAGUGUUCGGGCCUAGCGUGAAGAAGUACCUCCUGGACAAUAACCUUCCGCUGAAGUGCCUGCUUGUUCUGGAUAACGCUCCAGCCCACCCUCCACGAUUGGCGGAGGAGUUGAUGGAAGAGUUCGGCUUUAUCAGUGUCAAGUUUCUGCCCCCCAACGCGACUCCCCUCAUCCAGCCCAUGGACCAGCAGGUCACAUCUAAUUUUAAGAAGCUUUACACCAAAGCACUGUUCCAAACGUGCUGUGAAGUGACCUUGGACCCAGAGCUAACCCUCAGAGAGUUCUGGAGGAACCGUUUCAGUAUCCUACAUUGCUUGCAUCUCAUAGACAAAGCAUGGGGCGAUGUGUCUCAGAGAACGCUGACGUCAGCAUGGAAGAAAUUGUGGCCGGCGGCUGUCCCUGAAGGUGUAUUUGGGGAUGUUGAAGAGGGUGCUCCCAUCGUUGAGGAUAUUGUGUCUCUGGGGAAGUCCCUGGGCUUGGAAGUGAGCAGUGAGGACGUGGAGGAGUUAGUGGGGGACCACAGAUCGGAACUCACCACAGAAGAACUCCAGAACAUUCUGAUGGAGCAGCAACAGGCAGCAACUGAGGAAUUGUCUUCGGAGGAGGAGGAGGGGAGAGAAAGUGUUUCUACCGCGCUGAUCGAAGAGAUGUGUGCGAAAUGGGCCGAACUGCAAAGUUUUGUUGAAAAAUAUCACCCCGAUGCAGCUGCCGUAAGCCAUGCCACCAACACUUUCAAUGACAGCGCUAUGUCACACUUUAGGCAAAUUUUAAAAGUUCGGAAAAGAUCCAGUGAGUCUGAACCAGGUGUCAGUGGUGUAAAAAGGGGAGGAAUGGCAGGACAGGAGUCACCUAGAGGGAUUCUGGAAGAGGGCUACAGAACUCUUGAGCAGCAGUCACCUUUUGUGAUUAUUGAAGGGGACUAUCAUCACCUUUGCAGGCCUCAUCAAGUUUGGUACGCGAGGCCGCUAAGCUGCCCAGGGACGACAAUGAAACAGGCGCUUGUCGCAGGCUCGGAAGAUUUCAAGGCAGAGGUGCUUGAAGAGGGCCUUCCUCACCACAGCCCGCCUCACCUGGAUCCCCAGGAGAUCAAGGUGGAGCCAGAGGAAAGGCCUCUGCACUCCUGGGAUGCUCAGUGGCAGGGCUGCCCGCCAGGAGACGAGCCCUCUCAUUCCACGUGGGAUGCCUCUCAGCCGUCGGGGGAAGAGACCUCUCCAGUUGUCUCGGACGUCUGCCAGGAGCCUGCCGGGAAGGGGAGGGCGAAGCACACCCCGGCCUUCCGAGACGGAGACUGGAAGAUCUCCAGGACCCUGAAACCGGGAGACCCGAACGGGAAGGGCGAUGUCCCCAGCGGAGGCAACAUCGACACGGAGGCCAAGCGCCAGCGUUUCCGGGGUUUCCGCUACUGGGAGGCCGAGGGGCCCCGCACGGCCUGCGACCGGCUCCAGGAGCUGUGCUACGGCUGGCUGAAGCCCAAGAGGCACACCAAGGAGCAGAUCCUGGAGCUAGUGGUCUUGGAGCAGUUCCUGGCUGUCUUGCCGCCGGAGAUCCAGAGCUGGGUGAGGGAUGGUCGCCCGGAGUCCUGCGACCAGGCGGUGGACCUAGCAGAAGCCUUCCUGCUGAGGCCUCAAGAGGAUCUGGACACGUACGACGAAGUGGUUGUGGGCCUGUCGGAUGGAGACCAGGCUUUGAUGGAGACAGAGGUAAAGGAAGAGGUUGACAACAGCCCCACCUCACCAGGACGUGAAAUAUUGUUGGAUGAAAGCGGGAAGGAAGCGCGGCAUGUGUCCCCCGAAGAAUCGGAGUCCGAUAUGGAAGAGGAAGAAUGCGAGAUGGAAGAAGGGAGCUUUGGCGAUCCGGGCGGAGCAGAGGGACACAUGGCAAACGAAAUACAAGUAUGGAAGAUCACGGGGCCCCAGAGCUUGCAGGAGGGCAUGGGCAGACACCUGUGCCCCGUUUGCGGGAGAGCGUUCACUCGCAAAUCGAGCCUCAACAGACACCUGAUAAUCCACUCGGGAGAGAAGCCCUACAGGUGUCUCGACUGCGGGAAGGGCUUCAACCGCAGGACCAACCUGAUGGCUCACGAGGCCGUCCACACCGAAGAGAAGUCCUACCAGUGCUCGGAGUGCGGGGAGAGCUUCAAGCCGAAAUGGGGCAUUGCCCCUUACCAGGUGGAUUCCACGGGGGAGAAGGUCUACAAAUGCUUGUCGUGCAAGAAGAGCGUCCGGCAGACGGGCAGCGUGAUGAGCUGGCGGCUGCUGAACGAGCAAGGGAAGGAGAUCCAGCCCUCAGACGCGCCGGGUCCUGAGAAGGAGGAGAACGUCCCCGAGCACCAGAACGAACCCGAGAUCGAUUUUGGGAAGGACGUGUCUGUGGGGACGAUCGAGUCGGUGAUCGUUCCAGGCGGCGACCUUUGCUUCAUCAAGACCCCGGCGAAGCUGUACAAGGGGAAGCGGAUGAGCCCCUGCCCCGUGUGCGGUAAGGUCUUUGCCACGCAGUCGAGCGUCAACCGGCACCAGAGGAUCCACACGGGGGAGAAGCCCUACAAGUGCUCCUACUGCGGGAAGAGCUUCAACCAGAAGACGAGCCUGCUCACCCACGAAGUCAUCCACACCGAGGAGAAGCCGUACCAGUGCUCCGACUGCGGGAAGAGCUUCCGGCACUCGUCAGGCCUCCAGGUGCACCAGAGGAUGCACACGGGAGAGAAGCCGUACACCUGCCUGGUCUGCCGCAAGAGCUUCAGCCAGCGGGCGCACGUGAUCAAGCACAUCGUGAGGAAGCACAAGGGGGAGAAACCCUCAUCCUACGUCUCUCAGCCAUCCGAGAGCUGAGAGCGCAUGUCCCCUCCGGCCUCCCGGACUAAGAUACGAGAGCAGACUGCAGUCUUAGCGUAGUUUGUUUAGGUGUAAGAAUCCUCGCCCGUUCAGGAUCCGCUCCUGGCUUGGGACUGGACAUGCCUCUUUCUUGGAAAGAGAAAAAUCCCAGGCCAAUGUACUCAAGCAGAGUCACAACAGGCACACUCUUCUGAGGGAAUUUGACUGUGCCGCUAUAUCAGAGGUGAUUUGAGCAAUCGCGCUUGGUGUCUUGAUGGGCAGCCUUUGUUGCCGUCUCAUGGAGGCGGAUUGG